GUCAGCGGAACCUUCAAUCCUUUAUACUGAGGGUACGGUGCCAAUACGGGCUUGAUAUGUUGGUUAUUAGCAGCUAAAUCUUGAGGAAGACAUUGAAUACAUCAGCUGAAGCACCAUUUUGGUUCACAAUGAACAAAUACAACCUUUGGGCCAUCAUUUUUUGUUGCUGGGGCGCAACGACAUAUGGGUUUGAUUCAGGAUUGACUACAUCGAUUAUUGGGUACCCAGAAUUCAUCGAGUACUUCAAGUUCGAUUCUGUUACGCUUGGUGCCCUGGGGAGCACUUACUAUGCCGGGAACUUCUUUGGUUCCUUGUGCAAUAUCUGGCUGCCCGAUAAAUUCGGCAGGCUGAGAACCAUCCAAUUUGCAUGUAUUCUUUCUUUUUUGGGCGCUGGUCUGCAGACCGGAGCUCCAAACCUAGGGGUACUGCUCGCGGGUCGAGCGAUUGGUGGAAUCGCUUGUGGCAUCAUUGUUGCUGUCUGUCCUCUAUUUGCCAGCGAACUGUCGCCACCUCAUGUCCGCGGUCGUGUCGGUGGGCUCUAUAACGUCAACAUCAAUGUCUCAUACAUGGUGACCGAAUGGAUGGGCCUCGGGUUCUCCUACGUCAAUGGCGACUUGAAAUGGCGCCUGUUUAUCGGGUUGCAGAUUUUCUGCGCUGCAAUUAUGCUGCUCGGCUCUUUCUGGAUGCCGUUCUCGCCCCGGUGGCUGGUAUCUAAGGGGCGAUAUGACGAAGCACUUCGUGUUUUAGAACGUUUACAUAGGGACGGAGGAUAUGACAGGGGCGAUGGCGGUGCAGAUGAAAUUCCCUUUUAUCAACGAGAGUUCAACCAAAUCAAGGCGCAGAUCGCCUAUGAGCAAGAGAAUCCGCAGUUGGGCCUUAUCGGGAUUAUCAAGCGGCCAUCUUAUCGCCGUCGCCUCUUCAUUAUCCUUUUCUUCUUCGUUUUCCAACAGCUCACGGCGAUUAUUCCACUUCAAAACUACCAGGUUCUCCUGUACCAGAGCCUGGGGCUGGACGGGAAGCUUCCUUUAGUCUUGGUCGGUGUCUGGGGUACUGUCGGUGUCAUAUUCUCAGCUGUCGGUGCCAGCUACUUUGACCGGAUCGGCAGGAGGAAGAGUUUCUUCAUAAGCAUGACCUUGGUAACGAUUGGGUCCAUCUUGCUAACCGCUUUCUGGGCGACGUAUGAGAAGACGGGGAACACAGUCAAAACUUUCGGAUCGUUGGCACUCUGGGCAAUGUUCGUGUACCUCACUGGAUAUGCGUUGUGCCUGAAUGCAUUUGGAUACGCAUAUACUCCAGAAAUUCUACCUCUUCCCAUACGUGCAACGGGAGUGGCAACUGGUUUUGCUACGAUGAACGGAAUCAUCAUUAUGCUCGUACAAGUCACCCCGCUUGCACUAGAGUCAAUCACGUGGAAGUAUUUCCUCAUAUUCGUCUUCAUGGACGUCAUCUUUAUCCUGGGAGUCUUCUUUCACUUCCCGGAGACGGCAAACAAGCCACUCGAAGAGAUAGCCGCCUUGUUUGGUGACGAGGUUGUGGUUACUCUCGAAGAGGCUACUGGUAAAGAAGCGUGAGAACCUUCGAACGACGAGGCUUCACCCGUGGGGGUUGAGAAUACAGUCCGCGCCAUUCGUGAACGUAGCAAGUGUACUGUAUGCAAAGAUUUCGACUGCAGCUUAAGGAGGCUAUGCGUCAAUAAGUUGCUGUAAAACAGAUCAGCAGUAUUAUAUAACGUCCGGGUAUAAAAAUGAAUAGUCCAUUCAUCUUCGACGCCCUGGGGUAUGCUUCAGGACCAACAAUAUUCACUUUGAUCUUCUCGACUG